AUGAAUUGCUUUCUCAUGGUCUUACUCUUCGCCUUGUACAACCUCCUCAAUCUCAUCCGAGCUCAGUUUGACACCACAUCCACAUUGCAUGACUGGGUUUUACGAGGACAUGUACUCCAGACGUUGAACUUCACUACAAUCGCCAAUUGCCUWAUAAUGUGUUCUAAUACAUGGAACUGCUACAGCAUAAACUUCUAUCAUUUCAAGGGAAUUUGUGAGUUGAACAAAGCCAUUAAUGCGUCUAAUCCAGGCGAUCUCCAAUACCAUGCCAAUGGCGCUUAUCUGCUGAACUUGUAUCGUCGAAUGCCCUGCAAUGACUCGGCAUGUACUUCGGGAGGACCAAACACCAGAUGUUUCUACAAGAAUGGAAUCACUGAAGAAUGUAUAGGCUGUAGUACUCCAUUAGGUUUGGGUGAUGGCACAAUUCCAGACUCGUCAUUCAAAUCAUCUUCUUCAUAUAUGCUGUCUCGUGACAUUGCUUUCUUGGCAAGACUAAACCUUCAAAGGAAUUGGGCAACAUAUGCCCGACCUAAUGAAUGGGUGCAAGUAGACCUCAGUAAGGUUGUACUUGUGACGAAAAUUGCUACUCAAGGGUCAUACUGGUCAAACCUGAAAUAUGUCAAAACGUAUUUCAUACACCAUGCGUUGGACGGUGAAAACUGGGAAAGCUACAAAGAAAAUGGCAAACAAAAGUUGUUUUUGGGAAACACCGACGGAAGUACUAUUGUGACCAAUACUUUCAAGGAAAAGAUACUGACAAGAUUUGUUCGGUUGGUGAUUCAUACUUACGGUGAGCUUAACGCCCUCAGGAUGGAACUUUACGGAUGUCAACAAGAAUAA